AUGCAUUUCCAAGAUAUUGCAUUCGCUCUCUUUGUAACUGGAGCAUUCGCUGCACCAGCUGCGUUAAAAUCUAGAGAUGCAUGCUCUGAUACCUGCAACACUGAGUACAACACCUGUCGAAGUGCUCCAGGUGCGAACCAAUCCACUUGUGCUUCCAACUAUGCGUCAUGCCUCGGAUAUUCCCCGUAUGAUAGCAAUGGAUCACUUGUCACCCCAACUGCUUGCUCCUCGUCAGUAGCAUCGACUACAGCUUCAUCCGCUACAUCAUCCGCUACAGCUGAUGCUUGUGUCUCCCAAUGUAACGCUUCAUAUAACACCUGCCGAAGUGCUCCAGGUGCGAACCAAUCCACUUGUGCUUCCAACUAUGCGUCAUGCCUCGGAUAUUCCCCGUAUGAUAGCAAUGGAUCACUUGUCACCCCAACUGCUUGCUCCUCGUCAGUAGCAUCGACUACAGCUUCAUCCGCUACAUCAUCAGCCACAGCUGAUGCUUGCGUGUCCAAAUGUAACGCAUCAUAUAACUCAUGCCGUACUGGGCCAAACGCAAAUCAAGCUACAUGUGCUUCUGAAUACUCAACAUGUCUUGGAUACUUUCCAUACGAUAGUAACGGAUCACUCGUCACCCCAACUGCUUGCUCCUCGUCAGUAGCAUCAUCAACCACUGCUGCGGCCACAACCACUACUCAAGCUGCUUCGUCUGCUACUGCUACAACUGACGCUUGUGUGUCUAAAUGCAACGACUCAUACAACUCAUGUCGAUCUGCUCCAGAUGCUAACAGAGCUACAUGUGCAUCUGAAUAUGCCGCAUGUCUUGGGUAUGUACCUUUUGACAACAGCGGAUCCCUCGUUACCCCUACCGCAUGCUCAAGUAGCGCCGUUCCUACAACAAAUGCACCAAGUUCCACACAAGCCCCUCAAGCUUCCGGAACCCCUUCUCCAGAUCAAACCUCAAUUGUAGAAGGUGUCGAAUGGACUAUCAAGCAAUUGACCAGAUACUGUUCCGAAGAUGGAUCUGGAUGUGAUUACAACUUUGCCAUCUCCUACAAUGAUGAGCGACCUGAUGAGAGAUGUACCGUCAUUCGUAUGCCAGGAAGUGGUGCUACUACCGAGUCCUGGUAUGGAAUUCCAUGUACUACAGGGUCCGUAAACACCAUCUCUUGGGGAGUUUCUGACCAGUUUGGUGCUGAAAAUGCAUUUGCUGUUUUGACUGUCACCAACAACGAAGAGAAGACAAAUGCUUACUUCGGUGUCGCGAAUGUGAACGGAAAUCCAGUCACUCCUUCAAGUCCAGCCGGAUCCGGCAACUUUGGAGACAUUGGUCCUGAGCCAGUUUAUGUCUUCUAA